AUGGGUGGUGGCGGCAGGACUGGUGGUGGUGGUACUGUUGCCGGCAGAACUGCCUCCCCCGCAGUAUUGCGCGUAGUUGUGGUUGGCGGCGGAGGUGUCGGCAAAUCAGCGUUGACUAUUCAAUUUAUUCAGCAGUACUUCGUUCAAGAUUAUGAUCCUACCAUUGAAGAUUCUUACACCAAGCAGUGUUUUGUUGAUGAGGAUCUCUGCAAGUUAGAAGUUCUCGAUACGGCAGGACAAGAAGAGUUCUGCACUAUGCGCGAACAGUAUCUUCGGUCCGGCAGCGGUUUCUUGAUAGUUUUCGCCGUUACAGAUCGAAAUAGCUUCGAAGAGGUUCGCAAACUUCACACAAUGAUCUGUCGUGUGAAAGAUCGUGAUGAUUUCCCUGUACUACUCGUUGGAAAUAAGGCGGAUUUGGAAAACGAGCGACAUGUGACACGAACAGAAGCUGAGGAGUUGGCUCGAGUUCUCAAUAUUCCCUAUGUGGAGUGUUCUGCGAAGUUGCGAUUAAACGUCGAUCAAGCAUUUCACGGUGUUGUUCGAUUAGUACGAAAAUUUCAACACGACGAGCGAACAGCGCCCGAGGAUCGACGGAUUGAAUCUCCUGCAAAAGGAAAGAAGAAGAAGAACUGUAGGAUCCAGUAG